UUGCCCCCACGCUCGUCUUCAUCGUUGCAGUUGGCGCUUUAUACAAUAUAUAAUAGACUAGUUACUACGAAGCUAGCUAGCUCCUAUAUAUUAAUUUCCAUCGAUUCAUUGAUGAUCAGGAAGAAGAAGAGCACUGUACUUGUUAUUAAGGAAACAGAGGGGGCGGCCAUCGACGAUCCAACAGUAGUGCGUAGUGAAUUAGAUAGGUAGCUAGCUAGGCAGAGAGGCUUAAUUUUAACUCCUAUUUAUUUGAUUGUGAUCUUCUUGUGUUAUUUUAAUCAAUACACACAAUUGAUCGGGGAUCGAAUAUACACACAUACAUACAUACAUACAUACAUAAGAUGUGCACUAGAGGCCACUGGAGGCCAGCUGAAGACGAGAAGCUUAGGGAGUUGGUGGAACGUUAUGGACCUCAUAACUGGAACGCAAUUGCAGAAAAGCUCCAAGGAAGAUCAGGAAAGAGCUGUAGGUUGAGAUGGUUCAAUCAGUUGGACCCAAGAAUCAACAGGAACCCUUUCACAGAAGAGGAAGAAGAGCGUCUCCUAGCCUCUCACCGUAUCCAUGGCAAUAGAUGGGCUAUUAUUGCAAGGCUUUUCCCGGGACGCACUGAUAACGCAGUGAAGAACCAUUGGCAUGUCAUCAUGGCACGCAGAUGCAGAGAAAGAUCUAGGCUUCACGCCAAAUUAAUAAGGACUUCUUCUACUACUAGUACUGCUGUGCCUCAAUCGUCAUUAACGACGUCCAAUAUUAACAUCGAUAUUCCAAAAUCCUCUUCAAAACAAGACCAUCCGCAAAUCAACUGUGAUAUCACGAGGAACCUUGAUGCAUAUACUUAUUUUGGGAAAUUCUAUCCAGCUUUCACUCAUAACCCUCCUCCUCCUCCAUUUCCAAGAGAGUUCUAUUAUCCAAAUACCUGUGUCACAAUGCACCAAGAUCAUAAAGAUCAGCCAAUUGAGUUUUAUGAUUUUCUCCAAGUAAAUACCGAGUCGAAUGGAAGUGAAGUGAUAGAUAAUGCAAGAAAGGAUGAGGAGGAGGUUGAUCAGGAAGCUGUGGGACAACAGAUAAGCAAGGCAGCUGGUGCUCCUUUUAUAGAGUUCUUGUCUGUUAAUGGAAAUUCUUAAUUAUAUUUAUAUUACUGGUAGUAAUUUGGUGUCUUGAUAUGAAGAUGAUCAAUGACAUCUUAGCGGACGUGUAAAACUAUCAUUAAUCACAUAUAAAAACCCUAACUAGAACUAGUUCUUACCAAUUAGAUGCAUGCAUGUCAAGUACUGCAUCGAUAUAUGCACAGAAAAUCAUGUUUAAAGUGGGAUGAUCUGUAGCAUAUAGAAAGGAAGAAGCUGUAACGCAAAUAUUGUUAAUGUAAUAUAUGAAGGACUGUGCGUACGUACGUGUACGUUAGAGCUUGUGUAUAUGCAUCUCCUGA